CAAGAGGGUGAACCUCGCAUGUGAGGCCGUGCUUUUGAUUUCCUGGAGGUUUUAGGUGCUGGGUCGUGUAGAUCUCUUGUCUGGCAUCUCGCGGCGGGAUAAUGUUGACCCGGCUGAAAGCAAAAUCAGAGGGGAAGCUUGCAAAACAGAUUUGCAGAGUUGUAUUGGAUCAUUUUGAGAAACAGUAUUCCAAAGAACUUGGAGAUGCCUGGAAUACAGUAAGGGAUAUACUAAUAUCACCAUCAUGCUGGCAGUAUGCUAUCCUUCUUAACCGGUUCAAUUAUUCCUUUGAACUGGAAAAAGAUUUACAUUUAAAGGGCUAUCACACACUCUUUCAAGGAUCUUUACCCUACUAUCCUAAAUCAAUGAGGUGUUACCUUAGCAGAGCUCCAGACAGAAUGCCUUCAGAAAGACACCAAAUUGGAAAUCUAAAAAAAUAUUAUCUCCUGAAUGCUGCCUCUCUUCUCCCAGUAUUGGCUCUGGAAUUAAGGGAUGGCGAGAAGGUUCUGGAUCUCUGUGCUGCUCCUGGAGGCAAAUCGAUAGCUCUGCUGCAGUGUGCUUAUCCAGGUUAUCUUCACUGUAAUGAACAUGAUAGUCUGAGAUUGAGGUGGCUGAGGCAGACAUUAGAAUCUUUCAUCCCGCAGCCUUUGAUAAAUGUAAUUAAAGUGUCUCAGUUGGAUGGCAGAGAAAUGGGAGAUGCCCAGCCUGAAAUGUUUGACAAGGUGUUAGUUGAUGCUCCCUGUUCAAAUGAUCGAAGUUGGUUGUUCUCUUCUGAUUCUCAGAAGGCAACCUGGAGGAUAAGCCAACGGAGGAAUUUGCCCAUUCUGCAGCUAGAACUCUUAAGGUCUGCAAUUAAGGCCUUACGCCCUGGAGGGUUGCUUGUGUACUCUACAUGCACACUUUCCAAGGCAGAAAAUCAAGAUGUCAUCAGUGAAAUUUUAAACUCCUACACGAACAUCAUGCCUGUGGACAUUAAGGAAAUGGCAAGGACUUGCUCUCAAGACUUCACAUUUGCUUCCACUGGCCAGGAAUGUGGACUCUUAGUGAUUCCAGACAAGGGCAAAGCCUGGGGCCCAAUGUAUGUAGCCAAAUUGAAGAAAGCAUGGACUACAUGAAAUUGGUGAUAUGCAUUUUGUAAGCCAUGACAGUGUAUUAUUAUAUUUACAUUUCUGGGUUCUCAAGGUGUUAACAUUUAAAUAAAUGUGGAGUCAUUUUCCCUGGGUCUGUUUGGAAUCCUGUUUACUUAAUACUUGGCAUCUCAGAAUGUAGGCUUGAGGAUUUUCCAGGUGUAUUUUUUUCCUAGAAGUAUAUCUAUAGCACUGGUUUCAGGUGUUGCAGAUGGUGUUUGUUCUGAGUAAUAAAUCUGCUGUCUUUUAGUUGGCAUUUUGUAGUUAAAUUAAUCAGAAUAUGUGGUUUUAUGCAUACUAUGUUUAAGGAUACAUUGUAUCCAUGAUGUUGGUGUUUUGAACCUUUAAAAAUGGACAUUUGGCUGUCCCUUUUAUAAUGUUUCUCCUUAUCAAAUAUACGGAUUCUUUCAGAGUCCACCCCCCCACAUUUUUCUGUAAGAACUGAUUAGUAUUCUGAGACUAACUUCUUAAGCGGCACUAUUUUGAGUUCUAGAAAAUAGGUUUCUUAUUUGCCACAUUGUUUUCCACUAAGGACUAUCUUCUGUUUACUGCAAAGGUCAGUGACUCUAUUGACACCAGCUUUAUUUCUCCACUUUUUUUUGUAUUCACAAAUACAAAUUGAAAGGGUAAAUUAUGUUGAAAGGCUGUUAGAACAGCAGAUUCACAUGCACAAGUUUGACUUUCGACAUUCAGCUUGUAGAAUAAUGGAGUCUAUCCAGCAGGCUAUAAAGCAAGUGCUUGAAACAAAACCAGAAUGAUUAAUAACUGCAAUAACUGAACUAUAUUUGGAGAGUUUUGUUACAUAAUUGCAGUCAUAAUGAGCACUACAGAAUCUGAUUAUCUUACAGUUGCAAUCUGGAGGGGCUUUUUAUUUCACUCCCGUUAUGAAAUGUUAUAUGAGAGUAUGAUGUCACAUAUUAAUGCACAGGAGGGAGAUGCCUAGUGAGAGUGGAUUAUAUUAUUACCAAAACCCAAUACCAUUUACUGUGUGGCUCUCCCUGUUUACAUAUAUCCUGGAAUAUUGUGUACAUUUUUGUAUAUGUACUUAGGGUUUUAGCUUUAGGUUUGGAUCAUGUUUUUUCUCUAGAAAUUGCUUCACUUAGAGUCCAAAGGUACUUUACCAACUAUUAAGAAAAA